AGCACUCUCGCGUUCCUCAAUACUGAAUUAAUAUUUUGGCAAUCCAUUCUGAUUCGUAUAUAAAUGAAACUUCAGAAAGUCAAAGUCAGUGUACUAUCUGAACUCUCAGGAAAUACAAUCAUGUACUCAAAGGUUUUAUCCGUUCUGGCUGUAGCUGCUUUUGCUCAUGGUGGUCUUUUGGACCUUGGAUCCCAUCAUGGCCAAGUAGCAGCUCCCGUUCUAUCCCAUGGAUAUUCAGCCCCGCUCUCCCACGCUCCCCAAAACGAAGACUAUUACGCACACCCCAAAUACGAAUUCAACUACGGAGUCCAAGAUGCCCACACUGGUGACCAGAAAUCCCAACACGAACAGCGCGAUGGUGACGUAGUCAAGGGCUUCUACACCGUAGCUGAACCCGAUGGUACCCUCCGUACAGUCCACUACACCGCUGAUGACCACAACGGGUUCAACGCAGUCGUGGAGAAGCAAGGAACUCCGGUCUACCCAGCUCCAGCUGCACACUCUGCCCCAGCUUACAAAGUACAUGCUGCUCCAGCUUACAAUGUACACGCUGCUCCUGCUUACAAUGUUCAUGCUGCCCCAGCUGUUCAUUCUGCCCCAGCUUACUACCACCAUUAACUCCUGUGGAGUGAAUGAGGAGGAAAUCCAAAUAUUAUUUAUUUUGUUAUGAUUAUGAAUAUUGAAUAUAACUGCCAUAAAGUUA